AUGGACGUGAUGAUGAAUAUGACGACGGAGGACGUGCGGAGGCUACGGGGUCAAUUCACAGAGAGUCUGGGGCUCGAAGCUUUCGUGCGGCUUAUGAAGAAGAGUCUACGCGGUCGAAUCGAAUCCGAUCUCGACUUUGUCGUUGGUGUGAUCGAGUUAUUCCACACGAUCGAUGUAAACGGCGACGCUGUGUUGGAUUGGGACGAAUUCACGGGUUACAUGCUAGAUGCCGGUCAAGUCAAAGCCGAUUUCUACUUCGAAGGUCGUGGACGCUCAACCAAGCACUACGUACCGCUGAAUAUUUUCCCACCAGAUUCUAAAACACCACUACGACAUAUCAAUCCACGAAUUCAACAAAUGAGACUGCUAGCAGAGCAAAACGCUGUGGCCUACUUUGAAGCGAACUCGGACGUUGUGUACCUCUACGCUCUACAGUUCGACCGCAACGAAGGUCCUCGACAUCUUUCCACGAUGCGCUUACACACUGCGUUCCAAGAACAUACUAUUAUCGACGUUGUUUAUGUGCCCCCACGCAAGUCUUUAGUGACUUCUUCAGUGCUUGUACGAGGGUAUCUGAGUGUUUGGAACGUGACAGAUCUACACAGUCCAGUGAUGACACAUCGACUGGAGUCUCUUGCUGCUCACGAGCACCUGUGCUGGAUUACCUCGCUGAAGUGCAUGGCAACGUCAGCAGUGAUCAUCCCGAGUAUACACUCCGGUAAACCGUCCGAUCCCAAGCGAGAUAGUUAUCGUCCAAAUGCUGGUAUUGACCAGCCUCACACUAAAAUCAGUCAACUAGAACUGUGGGAUUUAUCUGGGAAGACUCGAGCGCCUGCACCUGGUACAAUUGCUACUAAAGAGGUGACGGUAGUACAAGAACGGCUCAAAGGUGUCACUGCAGUUGUAGCGUUUCGAUCUCUUAAUCGCACAUACCUUGCAGUAGGUCGUGAAGACGGAAUAUUGAGCGUUGUAGAUACUGAAACUGGAGAAGAAGUAGGCACGUUUGAUGCGCAUGGGAGUGGCGUUAAAGUUCUCGUAUACUCGAACGAAGUGGAGAGCAUCGCAAGUGUGGGUUUCCACUCGUACGCAGAUGAGACUUCGCAACAUAUUUCGACCUGGAAGAAGACGAGUUCGGGUGGAAUGUUGGCACAUGAUUCCACUCUCAGACAACAUCAAGCACCUGUAGAACUGCUCUUCUUCGUGGACUCAAACCAUCAACUUAUUAGCGUGGAUAGAACUGAGACGUUCAUCGUCUUCUCGAGUGUGAUGCGAACGCCGACGUCAGAGCCGUGGGAAUGUCUUCAAACCUUUCAAUACUCUCCACCUCCCGCAUCUAACUGGCAUCUACCUCAGAAUUUAUGGAGUAUGUUUGUCGUGCCUGAAACAGCAGCUAGUGAUCCGGUGCUUGUCACGGCAGGAGCCAAAGUGAAAUUCUACGAUUAUUGCGAAAUUAAAGUCCGUGAAGAAGUUUUCUUUGCGCAUUAUUGCAGCGCUUUGAAUGUGGUUGUAGGAGUUACUAGUACCAAGCUGUUAUUGUGGAAAGGAGAUACGGGGGUUCUAUGGAAAACGUAUGAGUACGCGGGAAUUGUUAUGGCGAAUAAGAGUCCUACUGCGAAUAAUGCGCAAUUUAACACGAAACAGAGUAUCGACCCGGAAUCUCGUGAAGCACAAGCCCGAGCUAUUACUGCAGUGUGUGUAGACGACAGAGAGCGGAAGAUUAUUGUCGGGGACGAUACCGGUAGUAUUAAGGUGGUGAACGCUGUCAAUGGGAACGUAAUGAAGGAGCUGGAUCCACAUACAAACUGCGUAGUGGACGUGUCUUACGUGUUGUAUGGAAAGCGCGUUAUCUCGAUUUCGUCGGGAUCUGUCCUGCACAUCAGCGACGAGAACAACCCACAGGGCUUUUACGUACCGUUUGGUGGUGGGCCAGUUCAGUCCGUGUUGUUACAGUCGCUUCGCUUGCUUCCAGAGGUAGAGCAAACGGAGACGGGAACUAAAAGACCAGCGAAGUAUGUGGUCUUAAAGAGCACCGGGAAUGAAGCGUUAAAUCUCAUCGCUGUGCUUGUGGCGAAUCCUCGUGGUGAUGAUAACUUCAUCCAAGUGUGGAACUUCGACGUCAGUCACUCACAAGGAACAUGUGUGGCACCGCAAGACUGUGGAGACAUCACAUGUUUGAGUUUCUUAGGCUCAACGGCUGAUAUCGUUGGUGGUACGUCAACUGGACGGGUGUUUCUAUGGUCUCCAAUUCCAGGAACCACGUCGUACAGGUGCAGAAAGGAAUUGUCAUGCUUGUCAGAAGCUUCGAUCAAUGAUGACAUUAGGCCACAUACUACCAUGACUCGCAUAAUAACUAUCUGUGUCCCGGAUUCCAUUAAAGGGAACAAAUCUACAACUUCUGAUGAGGCAGAAAAGUCGACACCUGCACCUCCCCAAGAGCGUAUGAAUAUUUACUCAACCAGACCAAUAAUUAAGGAUCGUCUUCGGUUUGAACAAGAAUAUGGCGUGCACGUGUUUGCAAGCGAUGAAGUAGGUUUCGUCACUCAAUGGCACGUCCGACAGCACACUUUGACGUAUACCGCGCUUCAAACUGGCAGACCUUCGUCCAGCAAUAGUAAGUCACAACGGGAUCGCGUAGGCGCAUCUGGAAUGGAUGCUACAGCAUUCCAACACGAGGAAAUGGCUCUCAGUUUCGACUCGAUCGCAGCUCUGUAUCACCACGUCAGGAAGAAAAAUUCUUCCCAACUAGAAGACACCGAUGCAAUAUAUACUGCAAUGGACGUAGUGAAAGCAAUUCGGCAGUGGAGAGCUCAUUAUGGCGCCGUAUUGUCCCUAGAAAUGGCAAUGGAUCCCCUUGCGGUGGUCACAUCGUCUGUCAGUGGACAGAUCAAACUCUGGGGAGUGGACGGAGUGUUGUACGGUGUACUGGAUCACUUUGCUACUAGACGAGCCCCAUUGAACCAUCCCUGGACCUUCCCAGUUGACAUGAAGGCACGUCGACAGCAACUCGAGGAAGAAGCGAAAGAAUUACUACAAAGACCGCCAGGAUCAGCGUGGAAGAAGACGCGUGUGUCCGUCCUAGAAGAGCGACUGUCACUGACCAAACAGGACUUGAGUUUUACACGCGAACGACUCAAAACUCGAAAGAGGAACGCCAGGGCGUCCGAAGUGGGUCGUGCCGUGCGAAACUUCAUCCUCAAACAAACUACGUCGGGAGUGAAUACUAAACGAAAGGAUCCUUCAUCUGCGAUCCAUCAGGACACGUCGUCACUGCACUCUGUGCUGAGAGAACUUGAGCAAUUUCAGUUGCAUACAGAAGGCAGCAGCGAGUGUUCAAGCAGUCGAGGCGAUAGACCAGACUCUCGAGCUAAGAAAUACUCCUUGGUAACACUAGCUGACGUGAAAUCCGCCUUAUUACGUCCUCGUACGUCCAGCAGCACGGUGCACUGCGAUUUACCGUCGAACCAGCAGACCAACAACCAACGAAAGCCUUCCUAUAACGUGACUCCAGUCAAACGAAAGGAACUUUACCUCAGUUCAGCUCCGUCCUCCUCAGUAAACCGCAUGGAGCUCGUUGAAUAUCUCUGGCAAGGAGCCAAGACUUCCAACCAAGAGAAAGAACCCAGCAGCUCAAGUGACAAGUACGUAGUGGAGCAUAAAGAGAAGCCUCGAGCAGACAAUGUACUAAAGUAUCACGUCAAGCUGGCUCACACCUGGCAGCCAUACCAAAAGCGAUAACCUCGCUGUAGUAUAGGGAUAACUUACAUUCAUUAGGCUUUGCUUUUCU